AUGGCUAGUCUGGUAUAUUCAUGGAUCUGGGACAGAGCUGGCUGGCCUGAGGACCUGCGCCGGGAUGAUCCUGCAGAAAGGGACAAGGACAAAAAGAUCUUCAUCUACUCAGACAGCAGACGCGCGCUGAGGGCAAUAAUCAAAUAUGAGUGUUGCUCAAAACUAGUCGGUGAAUGCGUCGAGGUGAUGGAGGAAAUCGCCGUAAACAAUCGGCUAGAGGUGGCUUGGAUUCCGGGCCACACUGGUAUCAGAGGCGAUGAGAAAGCCGAUGAGCUAGCCAAGAACGAAUGCAGAUGGGUCUCUCAGGGGGGACUGGAGCGCGUGGGCGUGCACACCGACUUUGUGAAGGACCUGGUCAAGGAACGUGGAGACAGGAGGAUUGUGGUUAGGUGGGGCUCGGAAACGGGCGCCAGACACACAAAAUCCCUCUUGGAAAGACCCACUAGGAAGAUUGCAGAAGCUCUGUUGGGCCUAAACAGGGCUAAGCUCCGAGCUAUAGUGGGGCUUAUCACUGGACACUGGCCCGUGGCUCUGUACCUAUCGAGGAGAGGUAAAAGGACUGACCCCCUAUGCAAAAGUUGCGGGCUGACGGAGAAGGAUCCUCCUCACCUAUGCACAAGAUGCAGCAGGCUCGAUGAAGUCAGAUGGGACGUUUUUGGGCCUGCAUGCAUAGAUAUACAUGUCGACAGGGACGGUAUCAAGGGUCUCGACGAGUUAACGCGUAGGGCACAGAUAAUCGAGACCAGCGACUAG